AUGGGCAAGAAAAAGAAGCAUGGCGCCCACGGCGGCGGGCACGCGGGCAACGAUCACGCUGAUGGCACCAAGGCGGCCCCGCACGUCGACGACCUGGUGGCGGAGGAAUGGGAGGCCAUGACGGCCAUCUGCAGCGCGACGGCGGAUCCAGAGACGCUGACACUGCAGAUGACGGUCCUUCCGAACGAGUUCAACCAGUCGAUGGGUCAGAACUUCUGCAUGGCCAGGCUUUCUUUGAAAUAUCCCAAGACGGGAUAUCCCAAGUCCCCGUUGCACGCCCAUGUCGAGGCCGUGCAGGGGCUGACCUCCGACGACGCGCGCGCCAUACACGGCGAACUCACGCAGAUCGCCGAGGAGCGCGCCGCGAGCGCGGAGCAGCACGCGAUGGACCUCUUCUGGCACGCGCAGAGCUGCCUCCAGCGCCUCAACGACAGCGCCAUUGACGCCGACCGGCGCACCCGCGCGGCGGCCCGCCACGACGCGUCCGCGACCUCGAGCAGGCGCGACCUCGCGGGCACGGCGCCGGGGUCGACGGAGCCGUCCAUGGGCGGGGAGGGGCUCGGCGCAUGGUACGGAUUCGAGGCGCUUCAUGGCGACGACGCAGAUGGCUGGGGGGGGAGUGGAGGGGGGGCGUUAUUCGGGGAGGACCAGGAGCCUGCGCUGGCGGGCGCGAUGGCGGUGCCGCGGGCGGGGCGCGCCGGCGGUCGGCCGGCGCAGACGGCGACGGGAGCCUCCCCUGUCAUGCCGGGGCGGAGUCGGGCGGCGGGGGGAGUGCGGUGGUCGGACGCCGGCGGCGGGCAGCUCGCGACGGCGGCGUCGGCGCGCAACAAAUUCGACGUGCUGCGCGACGAGGGCGCCGGCGACGAGCCGCCCGCCAAGCCCACGAGCCCUCUCGGCAGGCCGCCAGGCGCGCUGAAGCAACGUUCCACAAGGCCCCCGCGAGCCGCUCAGGCCGCGGAGCGGCCCGUGAUCGCGCUGCCGGAGUCCGUCUCGGAGCGCAGCAGCGGCGAGGCCGCGCGGCGCCCGGCGGGGUACGCGGCUGCGGCGGAAGCAUCGAUGUCUGGGACUGGCCGGCUGCUGCAGAGCAUAGGACGGGGAUUCUCGGCCUCGAUCGCUCGGUUCUUUCCGCCGACGCUUCGCGCGAUCAUCGGCGGUCAAGGCGAGGCCGAGGCCGCGUCGCCCGCGGGGGGGCGGACUGGUAGCACGUCGACGGAGGACUCCCGGCGGUUGCGGCGCCUGUCUGACCCGGAACGCAGCGAGGCGGUCAGCGAGACGCUCGUGCCGGAGCGGUCCGUCACGCCCGGCGUGCCGGGCUCCGCUCGCGGCCCUGGCCCGCGCAAGUGGUCGGGCGAGGGCGCCGCGCGCACAGCCACGCACUCCGCCGCCAAGCAGCAGGUCCUGACGGGGCACCUCCUCGUGACCAUGGCGCGGCAGGUCGCGGGCCGGGAGGCCUCGCGGCUCAGCCCGGGCGGCAGCGUCAGCGCGCGGGACGAGCCGCUGUGCGCGGCGAUAGCGUCCGUUGCGGAUCAGUUCGCCAUCGAGGGUGCGAUACCCGGCUGGCUCGCGGCGCUGCUGAAGGAGCGCCCGGCGUACGUGGAGCUGGCGUUCCGCCGGCUUUUCCCGGCCCCGCGGCCCGCGGCGUCGAGCGCGAUGGCGGCGGCAGUCUGGCACGCGGGCGCGGUGCGCGCCGCGGCCGGCGCGCUGGAGAGCGGCGCGGAGCCGCAGCUCGCGAGCCGGUACGAGCAGGACUUCGUCGAGGUCCGGCCGCUCGGGAGGGGGGGGUUCGCGGAGGUGUUUUUGGCGGAGAAUCGCGUCGACCGACGCCUGUACGCCAUCAAGAAGGUCCGCAUGGACCCGACGUCGCAGCAGAUGAACGAGAAGAUCAUGAAGGAGGUCACGACGCUGUCGCGCCUGCAGCACCCGAACAUCGUGCGCUACUUCCAGGCGUGGAGCGAGGAAGUGCUGAUGUCGCGGCGCGCGACGCGGGCCGGCGCGGGGGCGUUCUCGGACUCCCUCGGGCUGUUCGACUCGACGCUGGACGACGACGAUCUGUGGGAGGAGGACGACCCGAGCGGGUCGGUCCACAGCCGCGCGUGGGGGGGGUUUAUACCAGGUGCGGGGGGGUCCAAAGCUACGACGGGCAAACAGAAGAACAGCAUGUACGACCUCAUCCAGUUCGGAGGGGACAGCGAGGCCCCGGGUCCAUCCAGCGGGAACCAGGCCAGCAGCGCUGCCGACCGCGAGGGCUCUGACGAUGACGGACCUGACGACGACGAAAGUGAUGAGGAGUCGAGCGGCGGGUGGCAGGUGGCGCGCGGGGCGCGAUCCCGGCGGCGCGCGGCCGGCCAGCGCAGCAGAGCGGCGGUGCCGCGCGGCGAGGGCCCGGCCGGCAGCGGCAGGAAGCAGCGCGUGCCGUUCCUGUUCAUUCAGAUGGAGUAUUGCCCGCAGACGUUGGACACGUUGGUGGCGUCGCACGAGAUCGACAGCGAGCGCGCGUUCGACAUCGUGCGCGGGAUCCUACAGGGCCUCGCGCACAUCCACGCGCAGAACGUCAUCCACAGGGACCUGAAGCCGGGCAACGUGUUCGUGGACUCGACCGGGGUGGUGAAAAUCGGGGACUUCGGGCUCGCGAAGGCCGCGGCGGACCCCGCGUCGAGCGCGGCGGGUCCGGGGAAGGACGCGGCGUCGCUGCCGCGGAGCGCGGCGGCCAGCGGGGCGCAGGGCCCGGCGGCCAGCGCGUCGGGGGCUGUCGGGACUCUCCUGUAUAUGGCGCCCGAGAUCCUGCAAGAGUGGGCGCAGACCGACUACAAGGUCGACAUGUACUCCCUCGGCAUUCUCGCCUGCGAGCUUUGGCUGCGCUUCUCCACGCAGUACGAGCGCAUCGCCACGCUGCAGGAGGUGCGCGCCACGGGAGCGCCGCCGCCCGCCCUCGUCAAGCAGUGUCCGGCCGCCGCCGAGCUCGUCCGGUGGCUCGUCGCCGCGGACCCCGCGCGCCGGCCCUCGGCCCGCGAGGUGCUGUCCUCGGACCUGCUUCCUCGAACCCUGGAGGACGAGCAACUCGAGUUCGUGUUAAAGAGUCUUCCGAACAACGCGCAGCACACGGAGCGCGUGCUCGACACGCUCUUCGACCUCGGCGCGCGGCACAGCGAGCUGCAGGCCGGCGUGGGCGCUGGCGGAGCCCUCGCCGCCGUUUCGGAGCGCGCCGCCGUGCAGCUAGAGAUGCUGCCAGGGACCCCCCGGACAGCCUCCGCGGCGGUGCGGGAGGCGGUCGAAGAGGGUCUGCGCGCGACGUUCCAGCACCACGGCGCGGUUCCGAUGACGAGCACCAGCAUCGGCCUCGCCGUGGGCCCGCUCCCGAAGUUCGCCGCGACGUGUCUCGCGCGCGACGGCCGCCGCAUGGCCCCGCGCUACGACCUUCGCACCCCGUUCAUCGCCUGGCUUGGCCGCCUCGCGUGCGAGCUUGCACAGGGCGCCAACAGCGCGUCGUUGCUCUCCCUCGAGACCCUCCGCCGGUACGAGCUCGCCGGAAUUCUGCGGAACGGCGUCGCGGGCGGCCUCCCCCGCGAGCACGCUGUUGCCGACGUCGACUUCCUGUUCCCUGACGCCGCGUCCGACGGCGAGGGCGCGCGGCAGUGCGCGGAGAUGAUCCGGUGCGUCGUCGACGGGCUGCGGCCGGUGUUGUCGCGGGACGGCGUGACGCUCGAGGUACGGUUGUCGCACACGGCGCUGUUGCCGCUGGCGCUCGAGGUGGUCGGGCAGGUCAAGGAGACGCAGCGGGCGUCCGCGCGCGCGCAGCUGUCGAGCGCGGCGCGCGCGCGCUCCGUGCCGCUGCUGACGCCCGAGGGCAAGCCCGGGCGCGCGGGCCCGUGGAGGGACAUCGUGCACGGCCUGCAGGGCCUCGGCGUCGCCAAGAUCCAGCCCCUCUUGCGGCUCGUGCGCGACCUCUGCGGCCCGGCGCUGGAGACCCUCCCGCGCCUGCGCACCCUCCACGGCCUCCAGAACCACGCCUGCGCCGUCGCCGUCCUCGACGAGCUCGACGCUGUCAGCCGCGCGCUCGAGACGUGGGGCCUCGCCCCGCUCGAGGUCCACAUCGACCCAGUCAUACCUUGCGACACCCCCGGGAUCUCGGGGGUGUUUUUCGAGGUCCGCGCGGUGCUCCCGGCCGCCGAGACGACGCGCGGACGCGCCCGGCAGCAGUUCACGACGUCGUCCUACGUCCUCGCGAUCGGGGGCCGCUACGACGCCGCGCUGCGGCGGUGCUGGCCGCAGGGGGUGCCGGUCCCCGGCGGGGUCGGCGCGACGGUCUCUCUGGACCGCGUCGUCAGCCUCGCGACGCCGCGCGAGGCGCGCAGCCCCGCAGCGGCCGCGCAGGGCGCGGCAGGGGGCGUUCCGACGUGGCUCACGCCGCCCGCGAGCGUCCUGGUGUGUUCCCGCGGCGGCGGGGGCCUCUUGCGGGAGCGCGUUACGACGUGUGCGGCGCUCCGCGCCGCGGGCGUGUCGUGCGAGAUCGCCCCCGGCGCGGCGCCGAGUCGCCAGGAGCACCACGCGUACGCCAACGCACGGGGUAUUCGCUGGCUUGUGUGGUUGGAGGCGGACCGGCUGGCGUCUGCGGGGGUGGUGCGGAUCCGCGGCGGGGACGGCGCGCAGCGCGUGGACGAGGAGGCGAGCCUGGACGACCUCCCGGCGCGCAUGAAGGAGCUCAUGCAGUCGCGGCACUGA